CCCAUGGCUGGGACAGCCCAGGUGCCAUCCUGGGCACACCUGGGCUUGUGUCCAGCCGCUGGCACCAGCACCCCCAGGGCCUUUCCCAGCUUUCCAGCCCCUCUUCCCCCAACCUGGAGUGUUCCAUGGGGUUGUUGUGACCCAAAUGCAGAACCCAACACUUGGCCUCGUCAAACUCAAGCACCUGAGUGAGUUUCCCUCUCCUCCAACCCUCCUCCAUCUUUCCUUGCACCUUCCCUUGAAUCCCACGAGCGGGGAGCCAUCCCUGCCUGGAUUGCAGUCCAGGUGAGGGGUGUGGGCACAGGCUGGGGCCUCCCUCGUGCCGGUCAGCACCGGGAUUCUCCUGGGCUUGUGGAUCCAGGGGUUCCUGGGAAGGGCAGUUCCAAUCUGGGAGCACGAGCUGUCUGUGUGCCGCAGGCUGAGUCACCGCUGCUUCCCGGAGAAUUUCUCUUCCCGGAGAAUUUCGGGGAUGAUUGAGUGUGGGCAGGCCCAGCCCACUCGUCAGAGCAGCUCCGUUAAGGUUUUUUAAUGAAGUUUUAAAAUUUUUGCUCUUGCUUUGACAUCUUUUUUCUUUGAGGAAUUAAUUUCUCCUGAGCUGAGUUUAGACACAAAAUCCACUUUGUUUGGGAAGGUGUUAUCCUGGAAGCUGACCUCUUUUGGGGAGGCUUCAGGCAGGAAAUUCCAUGAGGAAAUGGGAUCCUGUGCUGCCUGCUUCCCUGUGUUCAAAGAACCAGAAGCUUUGAGCCCAGUCCUCUUGGGAUUUGACCCUGGAUGGGGAAAAAGUGGGGAGCAUGGAAAAGGAAGGUCCAGAAUGUUGGGAAUGCUGAGGUGUUUGUGUCCUGCCUCUGUGACUGGCUUGGUUUCUCCAGCCUCAGCCUGCUAUUUAAAUGUCUGUAUCCCAAAAUUUUGGGGUUUUCUUUUCCCAGCUCUCCCCUAGGUUGGCUUCAGACAGGGACAGGGGAUUUAUGGAAUCAGUUGCUCUCCUUAGCACUGCCUGGAUGGACAUGAACUGCUCACACUGAGGGUGUUCAAGGCAUGAUCCCAGCAGCACAGAGCUUCCCAGAACAAGGAAAAAUCCUAAAUUCCCACUGGGAUGUGGCUGGAAGGGUUCAGCAGCAGAUUUGCUGGGCUGGUGAGAUCAACUCCCUUUUACCAGGGAAUUUUGGAAUCCCAGGAUGUUUUGGCUUGGGAGGGACCUUAAAGCUCAUCUCAUUCCAAACCCUUGUCAUCCUCGUGGGUAUUCCCAGCUUCUGAACAAUCUGGGGAUGGAUUCUGUGUGGAUUCUGGAUUGCAGGAGUCUUGUCUUGCCACUAGUGGGAGCAUUGGGAGCUUCUCCUCCAUCUCCUCACUGACCAGCACCUUUUGGGGAGUUUUGGUGUCCUGUCAGAGUCUCCUCACAGUAGCUGCUGCCAUGUCUUCCCUAUGUUUAUUUUCAUGUUUGUUGGGAAAACUCAAAAAUAUUUAUGGAAGGCCUCUUAAGUCCAGAGUUGUUAGGUUUUUAAUUACCUGCACAUGACACAAUUUUAUUUUUCCUUAUAAAAACUCACUCUGUAACUUCUUAUUAGUGGCAGUUUUCUGUCUCACAAGUCCUUGGGAAGCCGGGAUCGUUGCUCAUGAGGAAGCAGGGAAAAAUCCGUGUCUUUCUGGAGCUAUUUUUGAAGCUGAGAGAGGAGGGGAGAACGCAGCCAUCUGGCAAAGUAUUGCUGCAAAACCUGGAAAGCCCAUUUUUUCCUUCAGAGCAUCCCGGUGGCAAACUGGGAUAAAGGGGCUGUACCUUUGACUGAGGCUAAUUAAUAAUUAAUAGGGAAUGAGAAGUGUUUUGUACAGGUGGAAGAAGCUGGUAAUGAUCUUCCUACAUACUUUCUGUGUUCUAAUUCCCACCACAAACAUACAGGUGACACCUACACUGUUCAGAGAGUUGGAUAUUUUAGGGUAGCACAAAGUUGGGUUGGUUUGGGGUUUUUUUAGGAUGCAGGAAGGAUGAUGGAAUCUUGAGACAACAGUUUUCUGCUUGUUGCCUGGCUGGGAGAGCUGUUUGUGUGAUGAUAUUUGAAUGGUUUUGAUAGCUAUAUUGUAUAUUUAUAUAUUUUUGUAUGUUAUCUAUAUUUAGAUAUAAUUUGGGGUAGAAGAGUUGGGAGAGUUCUGGUAUGGUUGAUGAAUGGGAGUGCCUGGGUUGCUGGCAGCUGGAUUUGGGGUAGUACCCACCUCCAUCCUUCCUCCUGCUGGGGCUCAUUUUUUGGGAGUCUGCCUCCUUGCAGAGCUCUGAUCCAGGAGAGGAUCCAGCCCGGAAUGCUGCUGCUGUGUUAACAAUAACUGGGUGAAAUUCCCAGUUAAAAGGGAAUGUGAACACCUGUGCUGGGGUCAGGGUGUGGAGCGAUCCCAGGCUGCUGGCACCCCUCGUGCUCCCGUUCUUGCCACCCCUCUCCUUCCCUCCAUUCCUCUGGAGCGGCGCAUGGUCUAUUUUUAAAUCUUGCUGGGCUCUGUAUUGCGGCAUUUCUCUUCCUGAAUUAUUUAUCAGGGAUUGGAGCUGAAUGGAGCGUGCUACGUUUUCCCUGCUCGCUGCUGCCCACGUGUCUGUCUUGAGCCAUUGACAGAUUUGGUUCAUGUCAAACCACGCCAGGCCCGGCUCAGAGAGGGGCAGGAGGGGUCGAGGGGUCACAGGCCAGGCCUGGACCCUCUGCAUCUGUGGGUGUUUGGUGCUGGGGCAGACAGGGUUGCCAUGAUGAUGAAUCCACAGCUGAGCCAGGUUUGAAUGGAAAGGCCCUUUUUAAAAUAGAAAAUGGAAUUAAAAUUCUUUGGACUGCCUGCAGAACGGUUCCAGCCAUUCACCUUGGCGCACAUGCCGAGGAAAACACGGAAUCAGAGUGUGGGCAUGGCGGACUUGGGAAGGUCCUUGAGUGUCUGUGUGGUUCUGUGGUGUCUGUCCGAGUGUUCCGUGUCCUCGCUGAUCCCUGCACUCCUCUGCUGGCGGGUACCUGGCAGCACCUGACGUUGAGUCACACCAGGCAGCCUCUCCAUCUCCAGCUCCUCCCUGCAGUCCGUGUGUUCCUCGUGUCCUUGGGAGCAGAUGCUGUCUGGAGCGUGGCUCUACCUGUGCAUCCCAGUAAUUAAUGCUGGGAAUGGCAGCUGCUGGAUCCUGAGCAAGGUCAGGUCCAGCCUAAAGAAUAUCUCAGAUCCAGCUCCUUGAGGAUUUUCCUCUCCCUUGUCCCUCUGGUGCUGUGGGGGCUGAGGCUGAGACCUGAGGCUGUCCCAGAUUUGGGGCUUUCCCCCUUUCCAAGGGGACAGGGAGUUCUCUGUGUGGAUCCAUGGAUGCAUGGAAUUCCCUUGGCAAAGCUCUUCUCCCUUUCCAGCCACUGUCUGUCUCUGGGAGAUCCCAGUCCUGGCUGCUGGUGGGGACUUGCACCAGUGCCACCCCACUGGUUUAGUGUCACAAGUCCUGACUUUUCCCUCUUCUGAUGGAAUUUAUCCACUUCCUAAUUGCCACAUCUCCUCUCCCUGGGAGCUGGGCUGGCAGACAGAGACUGGGCUCAUCCACACGUGUCUCCCAGGGAAGGAGGGAAUGUCUUCUUGCUUUUCCCUUUGUUUCCUCCUUGCUGUGGCUGUUGGGCACUGGCAGCCUCCCUGCCAGCCAGGAGCACCAGCAAUACCUGGAACUGCUGCAUCUUUCCCGUCCUCGCUUUCCCUGACCCAGUUUCACUGUGUGGCUGCAAUUCCAGAGCUGAGGGCUCUCAGUUUGAGAGGCAGGAACUGCUCUGUGGGGUUUUGUCCAGGCUGCUGGGGCUGAUUCACUCUCCAUCCUCUUCCUCAUCCUCCUUCCACCCAGGAUUUGCUGUCUCCCAUGCAGGAGAGAGAUGCAGCUCAGGAAAUCCUCUCGCACACACUGUGCUCCGUGAGGAUGUAACACUGCCGGCUUGCAGUGAUGGACAGGGAUUUUGGAAAGAGCUGGAUGAGCCUGCGGGAGGCUGCACCUGUGCUGUCUGGGGCAGGUGCUCAUGUCCUGGGGCUGGAGGCUUUCACAUUCCAAAAUCUGCUGAUCCACCUGCCCAUAUGCCACAGAUCAGGUCUGCAGACUCUCGCAGAGCUGCUUUUCUUCCUCCUUUAACUGCAGACACUGAGGCCUCGACAGAGGGUCUGAAGCUGAUGGGAUGUUCUUUGAAAACAGUGAGAUCUGGAAGAAGGGGAGCAGCAUUCCAAAUUUUCUCCUUGUACAGCCACUGCAGGGCUCCAGCACCCGUCCUUAGUGAUCCCGAGGCUGCCUCUGACCACAGGAUGCUCCUUAGCAAAAUAAAGCUGUGGCCUCACUGGUUUUGUGGGAAUUUGAAGGCUCUGUUUGGAGCAGUGAUCCUUGCCCUGGGAAUGCUUCCUCUGCCUCUUUCUGUCACUUCUUCACUUGCAAAAUGUCUCCUGGAGCUGCUUCAGAGCUUAGAACUGCAGGUUUCACACUCCAGGGGCCUAUUCCUGGGUGCCAGGAGUAACCAACCCCCAAAUGGAUUAAAAAAUGGAUUCAGAAGGGGGUAAAAGCUGGGACUGAGCUGUUGGGCUGAUGCCUGGAUCCUGCUGGUGGGGCUGCCACAGGGAGUCACUCUGAGCACGCGCUGCCGGCCACGGCUCCAGCCCAGCUCCUGCUGAGCAACCCCGGGGCUGCUGCAGCCGCAGUCGCUGCCUCUGGAGCUCCUGUGCAACAGCAGAACCUGAGCUCAGCUGCAGCUCCUCAUCCUCCUUAGACUGAGCUCAGCUGAGGCUCCUCAUCCUCCUUCGACUGAGCUCAGCUGCAGCUCCUCAUCCUCCUUAGACUGAGCUCAGCUGCAGCUCCUCAUCCUCCUUAGACUGAGCUCAGCUGAGGCUCCUCAUCCUCCUUAGACUGAGCUCAGCUGAGGCUCCUCAUCCUCCUUAGACUGAGCUCAGCUGAGGCUCCUCAUCCUCCUUAGACUGAGCUCAGCUGCAGCCCCUCAUCCUCCUUAGACUGAGCUCAGCUGCAGCUCCUCAUCCUCCUUAGACUGAGCUCAGCUGAGGCCCCUCAUCCUCCUUAGACUGAGCUCAGCUGAGGCUCCUCAUCCUCCUUAGACUGAGCUCAGCUGCAGCUCCUCAUCCUCCUUCGACUGAGCUCAGCUGCAGCCUCUCAUCUUCCUUCGACUGAGCUCAGCUGAGGCUCCUCAUCCUCCUUAGACUGAGCUCAGCUGAGGCUCCUCAUCCUCCUUAGACUCAGCUGAAGCCGCUUGUCCUCCUCACCCUGCUCAGACAGUGGUGCCCAUUUCUCAAAGAGCCUCUGAGGUCAUGGUUUGGUUUUCUUGUCCAGGUACCUUCAUUGUAAAAGUUCUUUGCAGAAUUGAGAGGAAAAAACUUGAAGUGGGAGACUUAAAAAGAACUUGGAUCCUUUGGAUCUGUCUUCCUUGCAUUUUCUGAUGGGAAAAUCUUGUGUAACAUCCCUGGAGCCUUUGCAUUCCAAGACGUGGAUUGAUCAAGACCUUUGACAACACUGCAAUAGCAUUGCAGGUGACUUUUGUCUUCUUAUCCUUCAAAAUUCCUUUUUCUCCCAUUUUCCAUCCAUGGGAUGUGGAGAGGAGACUUCAAUCACCAGGUCUGGGGUGGAAAACCCCUUUCUGGGGAAGAUUUAAACAAGUGAAAGGUUUCAAACUUCUCUGGGGCUGCUUGCAUUUUUUGUUUUCUGUCUCUCCAUAUUUAAUCAUCAAUAAAUGAGCAAGAAAAAUAAAUAACUGAAUUGAAAUGAAGCCAUUAACAAAGCAACCCCUCAGAAAAGCUCUGGCAGCAGUGACAGGAGCGGAGCAAGGCUGGCUGUGACCCACCUGGGCAGGUGUGAGGUGUUUUGCUGGGUGUUUUCCAUGCAUGUGAAUCCUUCUGGAGGCUGCUGAUGCCUUGGGUAGUAUUUGCUAUCCCUUUUUUUAUGCAAUCAUGGAAUAUUCUGAGUUGGAAGGGAUCCUGAAGGAUCAUUGAUCUCAUGGAUCUGUACAGACACCCCUGUGCUACCCUGUGCAUCCCUGGCAGCGCUGUCCAAAAGCUCUUGGAGCUCGGGGCCAGGACCAUUCCCUGGGGAGUCUGGGCAGUUCCAGCACCCUCUGGGGGAAGAACCUUUCCCUGAAAUCCAGCCUGACACAGCUCCAGCCAUUCCCUGGGGUCCUGCCCUGAUCACAGAGAGCAGAAAUUGGAGCUGCUGCCCCUGAGGAAUCUCCCCUCAGUCUCCCCCAGCUGAACAAGCCAAGUGCUCUCAGCUGCUCCUUGUGCGACUCCUCCAGACCUUUCCCCAUUCCUGUGUCCCUCCUUUGAAGGCUCUCCAUUAUCUUCAGACCUUUUUCACACUGUGGUGCUCAAACUGCCCCCAGGACUGGAGGUGAGGCUGCCCCAGCCCAGAGCAGAGUGAGACAAUCCCUUCCCUCACUGUCCAGUGAUGCUGGACCUGCUGCCCCCAGCACCUGCUGCCCCUCCUGGCUGCAGGACACGCUGCUGGCUCAAAUCCAUCUCCCCAUCCAUGAGAACCCCCCGGUCCCUUCCCGUGUGGCUCUGGGGCUGGCAGGGGACGGAUGCUGCGUCUUUAGCGGCGUCUCGGGCUGCGCGGAGGCAGCUCCAUUGAAGAUUUGCAGGAGAGAGCAGGAGGGGGGUGUGGAUGUGGCUAUUGGCAGAGCUGUGCUGACAUCCCUGGGAACAGCUGGGAUCUGCUCCGCUGCCGAGCCGCUUGUCAGAGCCCCGAGCUCGCCGGAGCAGCCGCAAAGAUCGCGAGCGGUUUUUAUUUUUUAUUCGGGAGAGCUGGCGGGGGCUUCCCAGGAGCAAGAUUAUCCUGGCAGAAUUCCUCUUGAACUGGUCACGGCCAUGGAGUCUCCGCUGAAAUCGGGAAACAGCUGACGUGCUCAGAGUGCAGAACCACCACGGUGCCCGUCGCUGCGUCGGAGGGCUCUGAAGAUGUCCAACAGCAACACGGCACAGGAGUCCCUGGAAAUUAUGAAGGAAUCAGAAAAAAAGGUGGUUGAGGAAUCUGUGAACAAAACCAAAUAUGUAUCCAGGUCACCAAGCAAGGAGGAAGUGGAGAAGGAUGGGGGGGAGGAGGUCAGUGUGCGCCAGGAAUCUCAGAAGCGAACAUCGGGUCACGGACACGCCAGGAAAAGAGCCAAGUCUAACUCAAAGCUUAAACUGGUCAGGAGUUUGGCUGUGUGUGAGGAAUCCUCGGGCCCCUUUGUGGAUGGGCUGCUGGAGUCUCAGGACAUCAUCCAGCUGCACGUGAGCUGCCCCUCUGACAAGGAAGAGGAGAAAUCCACCAAAGAUGGGGUGGAGAAAGAAGAAAAAGACAAGAAUAAGGAAAAAACACCAAGGAAGAUGCUCUCUCGAGAUUCCAGCCAGGAAUAUACAGACUCCACUGGAAUAGAUUUGCAUGAAUUUUUAGUAAAUACACUGAAAAAAAACCCACGGGAUAGAAUGAUGCUGCUCAAGUUGGAACAGGAGAUUCUGGAGUUCAUUAGUGAUAACAACAAUCAGUUCAAGAAGUUCCCCCAGAUGACCUCGUACCACCGGAUGCUGCUCCACCGGGUCGCGGCCUAUUUCGGGAUGGAUCACAACGUGGAUCAGACCGGGAAGGCCGUGAUCAUCAACAAGACCAGUAACACACGAAUCCCUGAGCAGAGGUUCUCUGAGCACAUCAAGGAUGAGAAGAACGCAGAGUUCCCGCAGAGGUUUAUCCUAAAACGGGAUGACACCAGCAUGGAUCGGGAUGAUAACCAGAUCAGACUCCCCUUGCAGGAUGGGAGAAGGAGCAAAUCCAUAGAAGAGCGAGAGGAGGAAUAUCAGCGGGUCAGGGAGCGGAUAUUUGCACGAGAGUCUGGCCAGAACGGAUACCUCACGGACAGCAGGGGCAACCGGGACGGGCUGAGCCGGGCCUCGGGCAGCCGCCAGAGCAGCACCGAGAGCGAGAUCAAAUCCCUGGAGCCGCGGCCCUGGAGCAGCACAGACUCAGACGGCUCCAUCCGCAACCUGAGGCCACCUGUCACCAAAGCCAGCAGCUUCAGUGGCAUCUCCAUCCUGACCCGCGGGGACAGCGUCGGCAGCAGCAAGGGCAGCACGGCCAGCAGGACAUCACGGGCAGGUUUGGUGCUAGGUGCCCCUGAGGCCUGCAGCCAGUCCCCAUCCUCGCAGCCCAGCCGUGGCCUCCUGCCCUGCACGGCCCCGCAGCCGCCCCCGCAGCCGCCCCCGGCAGCCCCCGGCCUCCCCCCAGCCCAGCAGCAGCCGGCCAUGAGCAGCCCCAUGAUGUCCCAGCCGGUCCCGGCGCUGCAGCCUGUUCCGUACUCUCCAAGCUCCUGCCCCCAAGUCCUCUUGCCAGUCUCUCCACCCCAGCAGUACAACCUGGCCGACGAGCUCAGCAGCCCCUUCGGGCAGAUCAGCCUCAGCCGACAGGGCUCGACAGAAGCCCCAGAUCCUUCCUCGGCGAUGUUCCAGUCAUCCCUCAUUUCCCAGCACCCUCAGCAGACAGGAUUCAUCAUGGCAACCCCUGGGCAGCCCAUUCCCACCUCCAGCUACUCGGCCUCGGGGCACACGGCCCCCACUCAGCAGGUGCUGCAGCCCCAGGGCUACAUUCAGCCUCCCCAGCAAAUUCAGGUUUCUUACUACUCCCCCGGGCAGUACCCGAACUCCAGCCAGCAAUACCGACCCCUCAGUCACCCAGUGGCCUACAGCUCCCAGCGCCCCCAGCAGCUCCCCCAGCAGUCCCAGCAGCCAGGUUUACAGCCAAUGAUGUCCAACCAGCAGCAAACAUACCAAGGUGUGGUGGGGGUGCAGCAGGCGCAGCCCCCCGGGCUCCUCAACAGCCAGAGGAACAACAUGGGGGGCCAGAUGCAGAGCGUGAUGGGGGUGCAGCAGGCACAGCCCCCUGGGCUCCUCAGCAGCCAGAGGAGUGGGAUGGGGAGCCAGAUGCAAGGUCUGAUGGUCCAGUACACGCCGCUGCCUUCGUACCAGGUUCCCAUGGCCAGUGAGUCCCAGAAUGUGGUCCAGCAGCCCUUCCAGCAGCCAGUGCUUGUGCCAGCCAGCCAGUCUGUGCAGGGGGGGCUCCAGGCUGGAGGGGUCCCCAUCUACUACAGUGUCAUCCCCACUGCCCAGCAGAAUGGCAACAGCCCAUCCGUGGGGUUCCUGCAGCCUCCUGGCUCUGAGCAGUACCAGAUGCCGCAGUCCCCAGCGCCCUGCAGCCCCCCCCAGAUGCAGCAGCAGUAUUCAGGGGUGUCCCCGUCAGGCCCUGGUGUGGUGGUGAUGCAGCUGAAUGUCCCCAACGGCCCCCAGGCCCCCCAAAACCCCCCCGUGGUGCAGUGGAGCCACUGUAAGUACUACAGCCUGGAGCAGCGGGGGCAGAAGCCAGGAGACCUCUACAACCCCGACACCAGUGCUCAGGCCAGCACCCAGCUGAACAGCCCCAUCACGUCCCCCACCCAGUCCCCGACGCCGUCGCCCGUCACCAACCUCAACAGUGUGUGCACGGGGCUGAGCCCCCUCCCCGUCCUCACACAGUUCCCCCGGCCCAUGGGCCCAGCACAAGGUGAUGGGAGGUACUCGCUGCUGGGCCAACCUCUGCAGUACAACCUGUCCCUGUGUCCCCCGCCGCUGCUCCACAACCAGCCCAGCUACACAGGACACCAGGGGCAGACUGGAAUGAAACACGGAAACCGGAGCAAGAGACAGGCCCUGAAAUCAGCGUCCACCGACCUGGGGACAAGUGACGUAGUGCUGGGCCGGGUGCUGGAGGUGACAGACCUGCCCGAGGGCAUCACACGGACAGAGGCCGACAAGCUCUUCACCCAGCUCGCCAUGGCCGGUGCCAAAAUCCAGUGGCUCAAAGAGACUCAGGGGCGCCGCGGGGACGGAGGCGGCGGGGACAACAGCGGGACUCCGGAGAACGGCAGGCACAGUGACCUCGCUGCCUUAUACACCAUCGUGGCCGUGUUCCCCAGCCCCCUGGCUGCCCAAAACGCCUCCCUCCGCCUCAACAACUCCCUCAGCCGCUUCAAACUGCGCGUGGCCAAAAAGAACUACGACCUGCGGGUGCUGGAGCGGGCGAGCUCCCAGUAGGGCUCCCGUGGGCACCGGCCACUCCCCUGGGCCUCUUCUCCUCCUGCCCUCCCUUCCUCUGGCCCUCCUUCCUUGAUAUAUUUAUAUGAACAUAAUUAAGAGACAAGAAGUUGAUUUUUUUUUUUUUUUUUAAUUAUUAUUUUUGGAGUGACGCCCGUGCCCGCCCCCCUCCCCUGUGUCUAUGGUUUUGUUUAAGCACUGUGUUGGACCGCACAUACAGGUGUUGAUUGGUAUGUUCACUGCACAUUUUAUUUAAUCGGAUUAUUAUUUUGCGGGGGGGAAUUUUUGGUUUUAUUUUAUUUGGGGGGGGUUGUUUUUAAAU